UUUGUUGUGACGUUUAUCUAUUGUGACAUUUUGCUAUGAAUGUCAACAGUGCUAAAACAGAAAAGAAACAAUUUAGAUGUUUUCUGUUUUUCAUUGUAAACUAGAAAAACAGCAGCGCCAGAGAAAUGUAUAAAGCGUGAAUGCUUUUGUCUGAAACGAACCCAGAACAAGCGCGAGCAGUUGCAUCGAUCGAGACGUUGUGUAGCAGGAAUGUUCGAUUAGCGGACGGUGGUGGUACAGCGAACCAACGCAAAGUGGGAAAGUAUCACUUAGGGAAGGAAUGAGUUGAGCUGAGGUAUCUUAUUCACGCGCAGGUAUAAUUGAGACCACGGUGACAAGGUUGUGAGCGAAACGGUGACUUCCUGGUUAUUUCACUUGGAGCGCUUUGAUUGCAAAAGCACCUGCCAGCUACCACUACAAGCUAGAUUGUUUCAAAUAAUUCAAUCGGGAUAGCAUACACUCCCACCGGAAAGGCGAUGAACUACGACGUGCUGUUAAACCGUACCGGAUUCAACAAGCUGUCGAUAACACCGCAGCACUUCCGCAGCGUUUCCGAAGGUGAUUCCCGAAAUCGUGACCAGCCCCAGGUUGCUGAUCGGAGCGGCGAUGGAACGAAAACGCCUGGAAGGAAAAUAUCACUGCCACCGCAUGCGCACCGCCACGAAACCAUGUCCGCCUCGUGUAGUCCGAUGCGAGGCGGUCCCUCUGCAAAUCCAUCUGCAAGUGGUCCGGGAGAAGAGUUCAAGGGUAAGGUGGAAUCGAAACUGUUAACCAUGUGGAACAACAUGAAGUUCGGAUGGAGCUAUAAGAUGAAGACAAACUUUUCAAAGGAGCAACCCUUGUGGCUGUUGGGUCGAUGCUACCAUCAAAAGGUAACGCCCGGACCAUCAAUGGAAAGCUCGCUAGAGCUUGGCACCUCGGGUCCCGAUGGUCAGCUGAUGGUACUGCAGAACGUUUAUUUGGCCGAAGGGUCAAACUCACCGCCGGAGGAAACGGGUACCGACGCCAUUGAGGACAGCAGCCCGGAAGCGAUCAUCGAAGAGGAAGGAAUUGGAGCGUUCCGGAGGGAUUUCAUUUCGCGCAUUUGGAUGACGUACAGGCGGGAAUUCCAAACGAUGGACGAUUCGAACUACACGUCCGAUUGUGGCUGGGGUUGCAUGAUAAGAAGUGGACAGAUGCUGCUUGCACAGGGUUUGGUAGCCCAUUUUCUCGGGCGCAGCUGGCGAUGGGAUGUGUCGAUGUUCACUGCUUACGAGGAGAGUAUACACAGGAAAGUGAUUCGUUGGUUCGGAGAUACCUCGUCGAAGACGAGUCCCUUCUCGAUACAUACGCUGGUAGCGCUGGGGAAAGAAUCGGGCAAAAAGCCCGGCGAUUGGUACGGUCCGGGUGCGGUAGCGCACCUGUUGCGACAGGCUGUACGUUUGGCCGCACAGGAAAUUACCGAUUUGGAUGGAGUAAACGUUUACGUUGCCCAGGAUUGUGCUGUGUAUAUACAAGAUAUUCUUGACGAGUGCACUGUUUCGGCACCACCGCCUGGUGCGCCCUGGCAGCAAAAGUGUAUGGCCGGAAGUAGUGGAACCUCAGCAAACGUGGCCAGUGUGCAUAAAAGCGACUCUUCACCUUCUGCAGGUGAUGGUGAUGAUGAGGGACAGUCCACUCACUGGAAGUCGUUAAUAUUGCUCGUACCGCUUCGACUUGGUACCGACAAGCUAAAUCCCAUUUAUAACGAAUGCCUUAAGGCGAUGCUAAGCCUGGACUACUGUAUCGGCAUUAUUGGCGGACGACCGAAGCACUCGCUGUACUUUGUUGGAUACCAAGAGGACAAACUUAUCCAUCUCGACCCGCACUACUGCCAAGAUAUGGUCGACGUGAAUCAGGAAAACUUUCCCGUCGCCUCGUUUCACUGUAAAUCACCCCGUAAGAUGAAGCUAAGCAAAAUGGAUCCCAGUUGUUGCAUUGGAUUUUACUGUGAAACGAAACGGGACUUUUAUAAGUUUAUCGACAGCGUAAAACCGUUUUUAAUACCCGUUCAUCAGGGCAAUCAAGAAGCAGGAUUUACGAACCCAUCCGGAUCGUCGACUAGCUCCGUCAGUUACCCGAUGUUUGUGUUUUGUCGUGGGAAAAGCAGCGAACAGCGUGCCGAUCUCCCAGGACAACAGCCCCAUCAUUCUCACCCGAUGGCGUAUCGAUCACCUCCAACGGCUAUACCGCAGCAAAUGGCUGCGGGUAACGAUGAGGACGAUGACGAAGAAGAGGAUGAGGCCAUCGAGUUCGUCAUUCUAUAACAACACGUUGCACGGCGAAAAGUUUUCGAUACGAUUCAUACAUAGCUAGAUAUGUUUAGUCGACUACUGAUGGAUCCGUUGUCAACAGCGAAUCAGCAGACAACAUUUACGCUGCCUGUUCUACAUAGCAACAUUCCACGGCAGACGAUCAGGUGUGUAUGGCACCAUCCUUUCUAUUUGGUACAACAAGAGCAACAAGUACACGGACACGAAACACAGGUUUCAGUACUUCGGAAGGAAAGGGAAGGAAAGUAAUGCUGAUCUAGAGCAAAUAAUUGAUUAUCGUAGAAAAAUGUACUUAUAUUGUGAUUGUAUCGCUUAAGAUAAAAUGAAAUCGUGAAAAUUGGUCCAUUAUUCAACGAGGACUACCUUACAGCUAUCCUGCAGACAGGUACACCGCUUACAUAUAUUGCCAAGAAGUAAACAAAUAUCUGAACCAUAGGUAUAGUACUACAUUUAGUUAUGGAAGAUUUAAUUUAUUAUUAAAAUAUUUCGUCGCGCUUAGUUACUUUACCUUUGAUUAGCGUUUAGAGGGAAACAUUUCGUUUACAUUUUAUGUUCGUACUUAUUGCUGAAUGCAGGCGCAUGAACAUAUGCAUACCCAAAUAAUGUAUCAUGUAGGCUUAGAAGAUUUUUUACGUAUAAAAUAAAUAAAAAAAACUAAUAGUACAGAGGAAAA